GUCGGACUCACUAGCUAGCACCAUGCAGAUCCAGAUCAAGACGCUCACGGGCCGGAAACAGACGUUCAACUUUGAGCCGGACAACACGAUCCUGCACGUGAAGCAGGCGCUGCAGGAGAAGGAGGGCAUCCAGGUGGACCAGAUCCGCCUCAUCUACAGCGGCAAGCAGCUUGCGGAUGACAAGACGCUGCAGGACUACAACGUGGCUGCGGGCGGCACCAUCCACAUGGUGCUGCAGCUGCGUGGCGGAUUCUAGACGGACGAGAAGGUUCCGCGGACCUUCGAGCGUUUUGAAAGCCGUCGAGGCGAGUGUUUGGAUCUGAACGCAGUUAGAGUAACACGCGGGAGGUCUCCACUAGCCCCGAAAGAUCCCAGUAUGAGCAGCAUCCAGCACUGCUGAUAAACACGCCUUGCACUG